GUGCCUCAAGAGAGAUACUUAAAUACGUCUGACUGCUGCAAUAAUGCUCUACAGCUCAAGAUAAUUGCGACUUCAAGACCCUCACGGCCACUGUCUCUUUAAUUCUAAUCAUCUCUACUGUCCUUGACUAAGUCGCCUUAGUUGUUGAUUCUACAGUCUAUUUCUACCUUACGAGCAUUCGCCUCACUAGUCAUCAUGCUUUCAACAUCCAGCAUCCAGCACGCCAUACUCCUCAUGCUCCUCUCCACGCCUGUCCACGCCCUCCCAACAACAACAACUCCACCUCAAUCCCGAGACAGCAACCCCUCAAAUACCUCCUGGUCCACAGAAGCCAUCCUAGGCCUAACGGCCAUCGUCGUAGCAGUCAUAUGCUGCGCCGUCAGCCUCGCCUGGCCCACCAUCUACCGCCGAUCCAGAUGGCGCCGCGCUUCCCGCUCACUACUACCACACGCUGCAUACCUGCCGGCUCGUCUAAACCCAUUCGACGAGCAGCCCUGGCGGCAGCGCCCCGUGGCCGCGCAUCACCACUACUACGUGCGUGUUGAUCGAGCCGAGAUCCGCAUGGGGCCCGGCGAGUCGUGA